AUGAGUGCACUAACCCACCAUGUUCAAGGAGAGUUGAUUUGGUGUAUGUUAUUUGCUGAUGAUAUAGUUCUUAUUGAUGAGACACGAGACAAUGUUGAAGAGAGGUUAGAGGUUUUGAAACAGACACUUGAGUCUAAAGGUUUCAAGUUGAGUAGGAGAAAGACAAAAUAUUUGGAGUGCAAGUUCAGCGAUGACAUGAGGGAAGCGGACAUGGAUGUAAGGCUGGAUUCACGAGUCAUCCCCAAGAGAGGAAAUUUCAAGUAUCUCGGGUUAGUUAUCCAGGGGAAUUGGGAGAUUGACGAGGAUGUCACACACCAUAUUUGGGCAGAGUGGAUAAAAUAG